ACCUGAAUAUCAGUGUUUACUCGCGCUGGGCUCGCAGUACCUACUACACGAGUACACGACUGUAUGCGCCUGCUAAAUGAUCCAUUAAUAAUAGUCUCGCAAAAUCCGAAAUCGUAAUUUUCUCAAAAUAGUGUUUUUAAUCGGCCGUAAUAUUACAUUCAGACUGAGUGCGCGCUUCCAGGAUUUAAAUGAUUCGCAUUCGUACAGUCAUUACCUAUAAGCGGAUAAUCACAUCGAUGCCUUGAUUCACCACAGUGAAAAUAUGAAUAAAAUUAACAACCAUUUGAGCUACAAAAUGGAAGGUGACAAGUCGACUGACAACGGCGACGAUUACUACAAGAACGUUAAGCUGGUUGGAUUCGUGAAGACAGACUCGGAAACACUGCCCGGAUAUAAGAACGAUGCGUUCCAAUGGAGUUCAGAAGACAAUUUGCCCAGUUACCCGUCAUCUUAUAACAGAGUAAACGACAUUUCAGCUUCUAGUAAAGUUUUGGGUUUCGACACAGCGGUGCCCGUCGACCAGGAUUCGGUGAACAGGUGCUGUACGAGAAAAGUGUUGUACAAACGCCUACCCAUCCUCCAAUGGUUGCCCAAGUACACCGUCGCCGAACACGGCAUAUCCGACCUCGUGGCAGGCAUCACGGUCGGACUGACAGUCAUACCACAGGCCAUAGCUUUCGCGAACGUAGCCGGAUUACCUCCACAAAUUGGUUUGUACUCUUCGUUCAUGGCAUGCUUCGUGUACACGAUAUUCGGUAGCUGUAAAGACCCGGCGUUGGGUCCUACGGCAAUCAUGGCCAUCAUGACCCGUGAAAACAUACACGAUAUGGGACCAGAAUUCGCCAUCCUGUUGUGUUUUAUCACCGGUAUCGUACAACUUAUCAUGGGUUUUGCGCAAUUAGGGUUCUUAAUCGAUUUCAUAUCCGGACCGGUGUCGGCUGGUUUCACGUCAGCAGCAGCGAUCGUGAUAGCAACAUCCCAACUGAAAGACCUGCUCGGUAUCAACAUAAAAGCUAAUUCGUUCAUAGGCUUCUGGGACCAAUUGGCCAUUCACAUCAGAGAGAUCAGCGUAGGCGACGGGACUCUCGGCAUUACGUGUAUGAUUGUGCUGCUGCUGUUGAGGAAAAUGAAGGACAUACAAAUCGGCCCUCUGGACAUGAAGGAUAAAACGACCGGGCAGCGAACGGUCACGUCGAUAAUUUGGCUCAUAUCGACGGCGAGGAACAUCAUAGUUGUGGUUUUUUGCGCAGCACUGGGUUACAUGUACAAGGAACACGGGAAUUUGCCGUUUAAACUGUCAAGUCACGUGGAAUCUGGUCUCCCGAGUUUCAGACCACCACCGUUCGAGAGUCGGGUCGGGAACGAGACGUAUAAUUUCGUAGAGAUGGCGUCCAAAUUAGGUUCAGGGAUUCUGGUAGUGCCACUUCUGUCUAUUUUAGAAAAUAUAUCACUAGCUAAAUUUUUCGCCGAUGGUAAGACCGUCGACGCCACUCAAGAAAUGCUCGCCUUGGGCGCUUGCAAUUUGAUUUCGUCUUUUGUUGGGUCCAUGCCCAUAUCUGGUGCUCUAUCGCGCGGUGCCGUGAACAACGCCAGUGGAGUAAAAACCACAUUUGGAGGAGUUUACACAGGAAUAAUCGUCAUAAUAGCUUUACAAUUUUUCACGCCGUAUCUCGUGUACAUACCCAAAGCUGCUUUGGCCGCUGUGAUAAUAGCCGCCGUCGUGUUCAUGGUCGAACUGCAAGUUGUCAAACCGAUGUGGCGAACGAAAAAAAUCGAUUUGAUACCGGCAUUCGCCACUUUCCUUUGUUCGCUGUUAAUCAGGUUGGAAGUCGGGAUCGUUGUCGGCAUAGCUAUUAACGUCAUAAUACUGCUUUACACCUUGGCUAGACCUAGCGUCCAUGUCGAAAAACAACAAAGUGAAUUUGGGUACGAAUAUUUAGUGAUAACGCCGGACCGUAGUUUGGUUUUCCCGUCCGUCGAGUACGUGAGGGCAGUGGUGUCCAAGGCCGGACUUAAACAAGGACUGAGUUCGAUUCCGGUCGUAAUGGACUGCAGGCACAUACAAGGAGCCGACUUUACCGCGGCCAAAGGUGUCAAAUCUCUAAUAGACGACUUUGUCAGGAGAGGUCAACCAUUAGUGUUCUAUAAUGUCAAACCUAGUGUGAUAUCCAUUUUCCAAGGAGUACGACCGACUGAGUUCAACUGUUGUGUCACCGAACAACAAUUGCACGAAAGACUUAAAGGAUAUUAUUAUAGCAGAAUGCAGACACCGACAUUAUAACAUCGAUAUUUACAUUAAAUCUUGUCCCACCGACAAAUUGUACAGAUAUAACGAUAACUAUGUAAAUAUUGUUAAUAUUAUAAAAAAAUAAACUGUAAAUUAUAAAUAGAUCUUAAAUACAAACAAGAGCAUUCUAGACAGUUAAGUUUCCGAAAUUCUCUUAACUGACUUAACCAAAUUUUGUUUGUUAAAUUGUAGUUAUUUAAUUGUUACACAUCGGUAUUAUUAUGUAAGUUAAUGCAUUUUGUUUAUCGUAAUUUAUGUAUUAGUACAGUAUUUUUCAAAAUCAAUUACUUUUUAAAUUUUGUGAACUUAAAUGUGAAGUACUGAAAUGUAUAUAACUACCUAGUGUAUACAAAAAAUAUAGGAUGCAACGCUUGCAGUCCUGUCACGUUUAUUGUUAUAAAAAAAACGAGUUGCUUUUAAUAUUGUAGUUGACGAACUUUGCUUAAUUACACACUCUUAAAAAUUCAAAUGAGUAAAUAAUAUUUUAAAUAUUGAGUGUCGCGUGAUGUGAUGAAUAAUAUAUUGAUUUUACGAUGAUGUGUGGGAACUUCUUUUUUUUCAAAUGUGAAUCACCCAUUAUUUAUGUAAAUAGUCGAAUUAAUAGUUUCUCUGUUGUGUAACUAAUAUCCUAAGGAAGAUUCAGAAUUCAUAAUGAAGGUUUUAGUUUUAGGUAUCAAACUGGAUCAAACAGGUAUAUUAUGUAGUAUUCAGUAUAGUACUUAUUUUACUCAUUCUAAGUAAUUUUACAAAUCAUAUUUGUAAUAUGUUUUUCGUAAAAAUAAAUCAAUUUUAACCAAUUUGAUGAAUUUCCAUAACGAUUUAGCGCAGUGGUUCCCAACCAGGGGGAUUCCUCCCAGGAGGGAAUUUAGAGUCUUCUCGGGGGGG